UGGAGCGCCGUGCGGGUUUGCGAAUGAAGCGAAUAGCCCCUAGCCCUGCUGCUGCUUCUGCUGUUGCUGUUGCUGUUGCUGCUGCCAUGUCUUAAAGAGAGAGAGAUGUAACCUUCUUUGCUUUGCACAACAGUGAGCCCUUUUCAUUUGGCGAAGAAAUCAUCUUCAUUUAAUUAGGGCUUCUCACUCAGUCAGUCGCCACAUUUAUAUAUUCUUUUGUUAGAGAGAUAAAUUGAUUCCGGGGAUGGUUAGAGAUGGGUCGAGAAGGGACCAUAGUGCCGGCGGAUCCUCAGGCUGGACCCAAGAAGAAGGCCCCGAGUUCCAGAAGUUGGAUUCUUAUGGAUGCGACGGGGCAGGGAACCGUUCUUGAUGUCGACAAAUACGCAAUCAUGCACCGUGUUCAGAUUCACGCCCGCGAUCUUCGCAUUCUUGAUCCCCUUUUGUCAUAUCCCUCUACGAUUCUCGGCCGUGAGAAGGCUAUUGUUCUUAAUUUGGAGCAUAUUAAGGCGAUAAUAACUUGUGAAGAGGUACUUCUUCGAGAUCCUCUAGACGAUAAUGUUAUUCCAGUUGUUGAGCAGUUACGGAGGCGACUUCCCCCAUCAUCGGGUGACAUGCAUGAAGCUCAAGCGGAAGGAAAAGAAGUUGUCACCCAUCCUGAUGAAAUGGGUGAGGAAGAUGAAUCCCCUUUUGAAUUUCGGGCCCUUGAGGUGGCUUUGGAAGCCAUUUGUAGUUUUCUUGCUGCACGUACAACAGAACUGGAAACUGCUGCUUAUCCAGCAUUAGAUGAGCUGACAUCGAAGAUUAGCAGCCGUAACUUGGACAGGGUUCGUAAACUGAAGAGUGCAAUGACAAGGUUGACUGCUCGGGUUCAAAAGGUAAGAGAUGAACUUGAGCAGCUCCUAGACGACGACGAUGAUAUGGCUGAUCUGUACUUGUCAAGAAAGCAAGCUAGUGCUGCCUCACCAGUGAGUGCCUCCGGCGGUGCUAACUGGUUUCCUGCCUCACCGACCAUAGGGUCAAAAAUAUCGAGAGCCAGUCGUGCAAGUAUGGCAACCACUCGCGGAGAUGAAAAUGAUGUUGAGGAGCUUGAGAUGCUGCUUGAGGCAUAUUUUAUGCAAAUUGAUGGGACACUAAACAAGUUAACAACGCUACGGGAGUAUAUAGAUGACACAGAGGACUACAUUAAUAUUCAGUUGGACAAUCAUCGAAACCAACUGAUUCAGCUUGAACUUUUCUUAAGCUCCGGAACUGUUUGCUUGUCGAUAUACUCGUUGGUGGCUGGAAUAUUUGGCAUGAAUAUACCAUAUACAUGGAAUGAAGGAUAUGGCUUCGUAUUUAAAUGGGUGGUGGUUGCAGCUGGAAUGUUUUGUUCUGUCCUAUUUGUACUCAUUGUUUCCUAUGCACGUUACAAAGGUCUUGUUGGAUCCUAACCUAAGGUUUUACUUUUACAUACAUAGAUAGAAUAUGAGAUUUUUUUAAAGAUACCAUAAAUUUGACCCAUUUGAAACUAUGAUCAUAGAAAGAGUUGGAAUACUAAAUUGAUGUGU